GCUUUUUACGUCAUCACCGAAGACCUUCCUUGUCCCUCGUGUCAUAACAUGGUCGACUCUGAGCCACAGCUACAGUCUAUGCUCUGAGCUGACUCUUCUGGCAGUGACAGCAACCCACUGCUGAAUUCAAAGCGUGAAUCGAGGACUUCUUCGCCGCUGCCAUGCCUCGCUACGAGCUGGCCCUGAUCCUGAAGGCGAUGCAGCGGCCGGAGAUGGCGGCUGCUCUCCGGCGGACAGUGGAGACUUUGAUGGAGCGAGGCGCGGUGGUGAGGGACUUGGAGAACCUGGGGGAGAGAUUGCUGCCCUUCAAGAUAACCAAACACAAUCAGAGGCACGCCCGGGGGGCUUACUUUCUGGUCGAUUUCUACGCAGCCCCCAGCAUCCUCACAGGGUUAUUAAACCACCUGCAUCGUGAUGUGGACGUGGUGAGGCCCACUGUGCUGAAGAAGGACGACCAGGUCUCCAGUAGUAGCUGCUGUGGCCCCCAACAGUGAUUGAAUGUUUUUGCAGCUGAAAGCCAGAAGAUGUACAGCGUGAUGCUUCCCUCUUUGACCUUUUCCAUAGUUGUUAACCUACAUUUGUAUGUUAUGUCAUAAUAAAGUACUUUUUUCUAUCAUAGUU